AUGGGAAAGGACAAAUUCCUCCACACUCCUCCACAAGCUUCAAGAAGCAAGCUGAACCAAAGAAGUUCAAAUGGAAGUGCCACAAGUGUGGCAAGAUGGGCCACAAAGCUAAUGUUUGCCGUAGCAAAGCUGGUCCAAGUGAAGACAAAGGGAAGUCUCAGGCUCACCUCACAGAAGAUGACUUGUGUGCUGUGGGACAUGUUUAGUACCUAUCAGAAAUGCAACAAUGGAGAACGCCUAUUGAUGGGAAACACUGGUUCUUCCAAGAUUGAGGGUCAUGGCAAAGUGGUGCUGAAGAUGACCUCAGGAAAGGAGAUCACUCUCCAAAAUGUGAAGCAUGUGACAGACAUGAGAAAGAAUCUGAUUUCUGGUACUCUUAUGAGUAAGGCCGGAUUUGCUACCAAUUUCGAGUCUGACAAGCUUGUGCUCAAGAAACAUGGAGUUUAUUUGGGAAAGGGGUAUGUUAAGGAUGGACUUGUCAAAAUGUGUGUCAUGCCAGUCAUCCGAAACUGA